AUGUCGCUAUGGCGCGGCGGUGCAAGGGAGGAGGCGGAGGAGGAUGAGGAGGAAGGGGAGGCGAAAUUUCUUGAGCUUCCUGAUUUUUUGAAUCCUCUCUCUCAGCUGAGCCUGCUGAACCUCGUGACCGGUCCUGACUCGGGGGGAGAUGGGCCCGAUGACGAGUCACAAGCAGAACCCAACGAGGAUGGCGGGGGAGGUUUGGCUCCCGGGAAAUCCACGUCGAAGCAGCUGGACUAUUACUGGACGAGGAGGAUGGAGGCUGUCAUUGCAGCAGAGAAGAUGGUGGAGGCUGCGAAGGCAAAGGCGCUGGAGAUAGACAGAAAGACAGACGACAUCGAAUCCAAGAUCAGGACAAAGCUCAUGACGGCAAAGUCCGAGGUCACGAGAAUCGUGUCUGCCCAACGCUUCCGCUCCUUGAAGUGGAGCCACUCAGUCAACCAGGACAAGGAUGAUCUGGAGCAGACAAUGCUCUACUUCCAUGAGAAGCUCGACGCCUUCGAGGUCAGGCUCGCGUUCGGCCGCCCUUCGGCUCCAAAGAUAGAUUUCGGGGUUGAGUUCGACGAGACUUUCCGCCGCAAGGUCAUCAAGCGAAGGCGGAGGAGCAGCGUGGUAUCCAUGGAGGACUUUGGAAGGAUGCAGGACUCCAAGGCUCUGGUGGAGGACUACGACUCUCCUGGAGGGUCAGACUCUGAUCAAGAAGGAGACAGGAAGCAAGGGUCAAACAACGUGACUGUCUCCAGGAAGACGAUUGUACAGGAGCUCGGCAAUGUCUCAACGCCGGAGGAGGCAGAAGCUCGACUGAAGCUGAUCAGGAGAGAGCUCGAGACCCGUCUGCACGAAUACUCCAACGCUGCUGGGUUGUUGGAGAAGACAAAUCGUCAUCACGCGAUCAUGAAGAAAUGUGCGAACAAGAGGAUAAUGAUUCAGAGACAGAUCAUGAAGGUCGAAGACAUGUUGAAGAAGAUCAAAAGACAGCGAAUGGUGCACAAGAUGAAGACAGUGAAGCCUGCAAUGUACGAACAAUCCUACGAUGAUGAAAGCAUGCAAUGA